AUAUCAUUCAAGCUAGAAAACCAAACCUCUCGAACUCUGACUGAAAAUUCUGAGUUAGUGAGAGAAAACAUUCAAAGAUGGAGGAAAAACAAAGAGAAGGGUUUCGUCCGGGGAAGAACAAGAUUGACAUAAAGAGUAUGGACGAUCAGCUACAGAAGCAUCUUGAUAGAGUAUCCAUCAUAGAGAUGAAGAAGAAGGAGCAAGACAAUUACAGAGUUAGGGAAAGAGUUGGAGCCAUGGAAAUACAAGAGAUACAAGAGUGGGAAAUUGAUCCCGAAAAACUGGUUAUUAAUGAACCCUUUGCUCGUGGCACCUUUGCUUCUGUUCACAGAGGCCUUUACAAUGGCCAACCAAUUGCAGUUAAAGUGUUGGAUUGGGGAGAAGAGGGAGAAAGAACAAAAGCCUUGCAAAGAGAUUUUCAGCGCGAAGUUUCUGCUUGGUAUAAGCUUGAACAUGUCAAUAUUACUAAGUGCAUUGGAGCUACAACAGCGAUAACUUCAAAAAUAAAAUUACAAAGUAAUAACACGGAGCUAAGUAGUAAUUCUGCUUGUGUAAUUACCGAGUAUCUUUCUGGAGGUACUCUCAAGUCUUACCUCAUUAAGUACCGCGAAAGGAAGCUGCCUAUCAAGGAUGUGUUGCAGCUAGCACUGGAUCUUGCGAGAGGAUUGAGCUAUUUGCACUCGAAGAACAUCGUUCACAGAGAUGUGAAAACAGAAAAUCUACUUCUUGAUAAGAAUCGGAUGGUAAAGAUAGCAGAUUUUGGUGUUGCACGUCUUCAGGCUUCGAAUUUGAGUGAGAUGACAGGCAGCACUGGCACCCUUGGAUACAUGGCCCCUGAGGUAUUGGAAUCUAAGCCGUAUGACAAGAAAUGCGAUGUUUAUAGCUUUGGAAUUUGUUUAUGGGAGAUUUGUUGCUGCCAAAUGCCGUACCCUAACUAUUCAUUUUCAGAUUUAACUUCAGCUGUUGUAUAUAAAAAUUUAAGACCACAAAUACCUAAAAGUUGUCCAAGCUCCUUGGCCAAAGUAAUGAAAAGAUGUUGGGAUGCAGAACCCAGCAAAAGGCCAGAAAUGGAUGAAGUUGUUACCAUGUUAGAGGCUAUUGACAAAUCAAAACAUCCCCACGGUUGCUUCUGUUUCUCCAUGCCUGAGACUAAAUAGGCAGCUAGCAAAGCACAUAUCAUAAUUGUUUCUUUUUACUUGAUUAUAGUUAAUUGAAAAGGAGAGUGUAAUUGAAAAGGGUGCAACUCAAAUCUUUUUGUUUAUGUGAAUGGGAUCAGUUAGGGGCAAAAAUUUGAUUCAUGCAGUCA